AAGGCCAAAGGCGUGAGCGGGAGUUCGUCACUCCUCCAGUCCUCCCCUCCUGGUUCCUUCUCAGUUCCCUUGUGGUCCGUGCAGUGAGCGCAUCACGUGGAACCUCCCGGUGCUGGAGGACUUGUGGCGGACUCAGAUCUAUCGGAACAAGAACUUGGUGCGCAAGGAUUCUAUGUAGUGUUCAGCUAACCAACACAAUGGAGUGAAAUUAACGUGAAGGGCAUCGCAGCAGCAAUUGAAAUACCAAGGCACUCCUGGAGGGACUGUUUGUUUUUACUUUUAGAAACGCGAGAAGGACAAGUAAGAGCCGGCCCUUCUCCAGCCUCUCAGGGAAGGUCCUUGGGAGUCCGCGAGCAUUCCUCCGUCUAGUGAACAAAGAAAAAAUGUUAUGACGUGAAGAGAGACGAAAUAACAUACUAUCGAACAAUGAGUGCUCCAAAAGUAUUGAGUAUGUUGCUCCUGUCCGUCGCAUGGGCAGAAGCGACACACACAUCGAAGUCAUUACAAAAUGCCCAGCCAGAAAUUUACGGAGACACUCAGAGAACUUACAAAGAGUCGAGUGGGCUUGAGAGAUCUCGAAGACAAGCUUACUACAACAAUCGAGAGCCUGUGUCGCGGGAAAACGAGGAAAAUGACAUUCUAGAUCAAAUCCAGACUGCGACUGCCACCGACUUGGGAUCUUCUUUCAACUUCGGCGCUCAGUUCUCGCAAGGAUACAUCGAUCUGGGCUCCCGCGACCUGGUGGAGGAGGGCGCCGCUACCCUCGCCUUCGUCUUCGACACCACCGGCUCCAUGUCAGAUGAUAUGCAGCAAGUGAUCGUGGGUGCUGGCGAGAUUCUCAACACGGUGCUGGAGAAAUUUGACCGUCCCAUCCACAACUAUGUCUUUGUUCCCUUCCACGAUCCCGAGGUGGGUCCUGUGACAGCCACCACAGACCCUGUAAAGUUCCAAGAGUCCCUCAAGGAAUCACACAUAUUUGGAGGAGGUGACUGUCCAGAGAUGGCCAUUAGGGCGAUCAGGAUGGCCUUAGAUAUCAGUCUGCCUCACUCCUACGUGUACGUAUUCACGGACGCCAGAGCCAAGGACUACUACCUCCUAGACGACGUUCUGCAAAUCAUCCAGAAGAAGCAGUCACAAGUGGUGUUUGUGAUGACAGGUGACUGUGACGACCACACCCACCCUGGUUACCAAGCCUUUGAGGACAUUGCCUCCACAUCAGCAGGACAAAUCUUCCGCCUGAAUAAGGGGAAUGUGAAGGAGGUACUGGAUUUCGUCCGUGUGUCUCUUGAAUCCCACAAGGUGAAUCUCCUCUCUCUUGACCGUGAAGAUUUUGGCCCCGGGGAGGAGAGCCUUCCUCUCUUGGUAGACCCAACACUCAAGCAGUUCACCAUCUCAGUGUCUGGAGAGAAACCAAAAAUUGAAAUAUUUGAUGCUGCAGGCAAAGACAUCAGAGAGGAGGAAGGGGUGGAAGACCUACUGGAUUUAGAGAAUGUCAAAAUUGUGGGUGUUAAGCAGCCCUUGCCAGGGCAGUACAAUAUCUCUGUGGGCAGCGACAGCAAGUUUACUGUGCGUGCCACGGGAGUGUCGUCCCUGAGCUUUGAUCAUGGCUUCUCCCUCUAUCCUACAACAGAUUUUAAGGAAACAUACCAUAGGCCUAUGACAGGUGAAACAUCAUAUGUUUUGUUGAAGCCAUCAGAUGUAACAGAAUUUGGGGACUUGCUUCGGCUGCAAAUGAUCUCUCUAGAUGGAAGAAUUUUGGAGGACUUGCCUUUGACUCGUUUGCCCGGGUCUCUUCCUAUUUACAAUGGUACAGCAUUUCUUACUCCAGACCAGCCCUUCAAUCUCAAGAUUUUUGGACGGGAUAAACAUGGAUAUGAUUUUGAAAGGAUUUCCUCAACUGCUGUGUCCUCACAGCUCCCAAGUCCACCUGAAGUGAACUCAGUGAAUCAGAUAACAGGAUACACCAAUCAGCCAGCAAUAAUCAAAUGCCAUGUUCACACUCUGCUGCCCUUCACACUCCUCUGGCAGAAAAAUGGACACAACAUAGACACCGAACAGUCAUAUCCACAAUCAUCAGAGGUGCAUUAUAUAGUAAAUUCACCAAGCCAGGAAGAUGAGGGCCAGUACACAUGUAUAGCAAGUAAUAGUGUUGGUAAUGGCUCCUCUGAUGUGUACUUAGAUGUGAAGGAGCCACCCCCACAAGUUGUGGCUCCAAAAACUGUGACGGUUCUUUCCACACAACCUGCUGUUCUUACUUGCCAUGUCACUUCAGCAGUAGAAUACAACAUUACCUGGUCUCGUUAUGUUGAAAAGGGCCAGAUCCAGGAUUUCUUCGGGAGAACAGAAACCAUUGGUGACUUUGUGAGUGUGGAAGAGCUGGAGGGAUAUCAAGUGCUGGCCAAUGACUCCCUCAUACUUCAGAAGCCCAGCAGCCAACAUGAGGGGUGGUUCAGGUGUACUGCAGCCAGUGAAGGUGGACGGCAGUCAAGGGAACUACAUGUCACUGUACAGUCACUGCCUGAGGUGACAGUAGUACCAGAAGUGUUGGGCUACAGAAGAGGAGAGAACGUCACCUUGUCAUGCUUAGGCCAAGGCCUCCCUUAUCCUACCUUGACUUGGUCAAGAGAUGACAUGUCACUCACUGAGCCCACUAAUGGAUCAGCAUCCCAGAUUGACCUGCACGUGUCCCUGGCUACCCGUGAAGAUGAAGGAACAUAUACCUGCACUGCAUCCAGUUCAUCUGGCACAGCAAGGGCAGUAUCUACACUGAGAUACACAGAGGCUCCCCAAGUAGUACCAUUUGAGGAAGAAUUGUUUGUGGGAAGUGGAGAAACAGUAAAGAUGCAGUGCCUGGUAGCAGGAAUUCCACAGCCCACAUUGCAGUGGCUCAAGGACACUGCACCACUUGUCCCUAUGUCCUUCAUACAGAUGGAAGAUGAUUACCUUAAAAUUCUGGGAGUCCAGGAGAAUGAUGCUGGCCAGUACACUUGUAGAGCCACCAACUGGGCUGGUACUGAUGAGGCACAAAUUUCUCUAAGGGUCGGUGCUGCUCCAGCCAUCAUUCAGGCUCCUACAGACGCUGAGCUUGACAUUGGUAGUAUGGGAGGAUUUUCAUGUUAUGGUGUUGGAGUGCCAGAGCCUUCCAUCACCUGGUACAAGGCUGAUGGUUCUCAUCUCCCUUCCCAUUUUGCUCAAGAUAGGGAUGGCAAUCUCAGAAUUAAGGGUGUACGGGUGGAGGAUGAGGGAACAUACAAAUGCAUCAUUGAGAACCGCUAUGGGAGGCUACAGCUGCAGGUUUCACUCUCUGUUUCAGGACUAUUGGCUCCCUUGGUAGCAGUUCCACAAGUGCCUCACUUAGAGGUGACUAGGGGGUCCGCUGUCACCCUGCCAUGCAUAGUUGUCAUGGCCAAUCCUCCUCCUCAGAUUACUUGGUAUUAUGAAGGGUCACCCAUCUAUUCAGGAACAGAGGACAUGAUGAUAGAUGAUGACGGAUCAUUGAAGAUUCCUUUGGUAAGAUCCAAAGAUGAAGGGAGAUACCAGUGUGUUGCUACUAAUUUGGCUGGCAACUCUUCUCUCACCCUUACUCUGUCUGUACUGGUUCCUCCCAGAGUUAAGACUAACAGAGGAGAAGAGAAUGUGGUGGUCCUUAAAGGGAAUGUUGCAAGGCUCAAGUGUCCAGUCAAGGCUGACCCGAGGCCUACUUUUUCCUGGACCAAGGAUGGGCAGCUUCUACCAUUUGACUCACGCAGAAUGCGUGUGUCAAAAAAUGGCUUUAUCAUAAUAAAGCAAGUAAGACAGAGUGAUGCAGGGACGUAUGUCUGCAUUGCUAAGAAUCCUGCUGGCACCACAAGUAUACCUGUCAAUCUGCAAGUUAAUGAUGAACCUGAGAUAUCACCUGCUGGAGAUGAAAUCUUGACAGUCCUUGCUGGACAGGAUCUCAAGCUGCCAUGUGAGGUGACAGGUCAUCCACAACCUUAUGUCACUUGGGAGAAGGACGGAGAAAGUUUUGGAGAAACAGUCGAUCUUCAACCAGGUCCUGGGUACCUGCUGAUGAGGAAUGUGACUCCCUCCAUGGCUGCCAUCUACACAUGCACUGCACAAAACUCAAUAGGAGAAGCAAAGAAAGAAUUCACAGUUUAUGUAAAUUAUGCCCCUGUUGUAGAGGAGAUUCAUGAAUACACUCCAGAGAAGAGAGUUGUUGAGGGGGGGCAGCUGUCUCUUCCUUGCCAUGCAGAAGCUUAUCCAAUACCAACCAAAGACUGGAGCAAAGAUGGAGAAAAGCUACAUCCAACACCAGAUCUGAUCAUAUCCACCUCUGGCACUGUGGAGGUGUCCCAUGCUGCUCCACAACACUCAGGCAACUACAGGUGUACUCUCACAAAUAUGCUUGGAGAAGCUCAUAUUGAAUAUGAAGUCGAAGUUAUUGUUCCUCCUCGGGCAUUGCUGCAGAACUGGCAGGAGGCCACAAUGGUAGUUGAGGGAGAUGAAGUAGUGAUUAGGUGUCCUAUAGAUGCAGUUCCCCCUCCUGAUAUUACUUGGUUCAAGGAUGGUGUCUCCAUUCAUUCCACCAAAGAUCGUGCUGACUUGACUCAUCUAAUAAUUGAAGAAAAUGGUCAUUUACUUCACAUAUUGGAGGUCACUAUUGCUGACAAUGGUACUUAUGUGUGUGUGGCCAAGAAUGACGCAGGUGAAACAGAGGUGUCAUAUAACUUGGAGGUGCUUGUAGCUCCGCAGUUCAGUCAGUUCUACCACAAUCCUGAGACUGAGUUAAGAGUUGGCCAGGAGCUAUUCCUGGACUGUCAUGCAACUGGAAAUCCCAAGCCACAGGUAUCUUGGCUUCAUAAUGGAUCUCCACUUGAAGAUUAUGUAACUAGUAGUGGAGGUCGAGUGAGUGUGCCAGAAGUAUCAUCCAGCCAUGCCGGUCUCUACACCUGCACCGUAGAGAAUACAGCCGGCACCAUUCAAAGGAAUUUCAGUGUCACUGUGUUGGUUCCUCCCAUCUUUGAAGACAACAAAAAUCAUCAGAACAAUGUGAAUGCUGUGAAAGGCACCAACACUCAGUUGGACUGCAGAGUAAUUGGCUCACCUCCUCCAACUGUUUCUUGGAUGAAGAAUGGAUUGCCACUUCCACAUUGGCCAGAUGCACAACACCAGCUUUCAUCUGAUGGUCAGGUGUUGAAUUUGCUGCAAGUAGAUGCUCACUCUUCUGGGGUGUAUCGCUGUGCUGCCAAGAACAGCCUUGGCACCAGACACAAGUUGUUCAACUUAACAGUCCUCACUCCACCAUCAAUAAGAAAAGAAGAUGGUAAAGCUGAUGACCUAGUGGAGGAAAUUGAUGUUGUUGCUGGUGAAGAAGUUAUCCUGCAUUGUCCAGCUGAGGGCACUCCAAGACCCACCAUUACCUGGCUGAGGGAAGAAAAAAUAUUGCCAUCAUCUGAAUCUCCACAACAUUUGCUGCUUUAUGAUACACAAGAGGAAGAUAGUGGUGACUACACUUGUCUGGCCAGCAAUCCAGUUGGAAGUGUAGAGAAACAGUUUGCUGUGAGAGUGAUUGUGCCAGCAAGAAUAACAAAUUUGAAGAAGGACAUGGACAGACCAGACACUAAGCCAUAUCAGGAAGUGAUGGUUGACACGCCCUUCUCCCUGUACUGCCCUGUUGUGGGCUCACCUCUGCCAAACAUCACAUGGAGCAAGAAUGGUGCUGUAAUAGAAAAGCACUUGGAGCAAGGGUUCAAUGAGCACAUCAGCUUUGGGGAGGAUGGACAACUUUUGCUUGUGUCAAGUGCAACUGUGGAAGAUUCUGGAAACUACACCUGCUCUGCACAGAACACAGGAGGCUCAGAUUCAGUCUCUUAUGUUGUUGCAGUUCAAGUUCCUCCACAUAUUAUGCAAGAAACAGAUGCUCCUCUUACAUAUCUGGAGGGAGAAGAUGUUAGCCUCUACUGUGAGGUGGAAGGCACAAUACCGCUAAGCAUUGUGUGGCUGCUGGAUGGCGUUGGACUGGAAGAUUUGAGGUUGCCAGGCAUAACUAUUGAUGAAGACUUUACUGUCAUGGAGGGCAAUCUUACACUUGCUAAGUCCGUGGUCAACAUAGUGGAUGUGAGUGAGAUCCAUAGCGGUCCCUACACCUGCAUUGCCAGCAAUGCUGCUGGGUCUGAUGAAUUUAUACAUUCGGUGGAUGUGGCCACUCCUCCUCGAGUGGAGGAUGAUUCAACUGAUACUAAUGUUGUUGUGAUGGUCAACAGGCCAGCCACCCUCACCUGUGAAGCAGAAUCCAACCCAGAGCCUUACAUUUCAUGGUUCAAGAACUCACAGCCAUUAGAGGAGGACCCCAACAUACAUGUGAGUCUUGAUGGUCGAGAACUGAAGUUGUUGCAAGUUAGAGAGGAAGAUGCUGGCAACUAUUCCUGUUUAGCUGUCAAUGUUGCAGGAGCCAUUUUUAUCAACCAUACUCUUCAAGUCCAGGUGCCUCCUCACUUACAAGGAGAAGUGAAGGAGAAUGUGCAUGCAAAAGCAGGUGAAGAUGUUGAGCUAUUUUGUCCAGUAUAUGCCACACCUCAGCCUUCCAUCCUGUGGAUGAAUGAGUCCAGCAUACUUCAGGAGACAUUCAUAAUCACAAACCCACAAAGACUAGUCCUGCGUAAUGUCAGCAAGGACGAUGCUGGCCGGUACAGCUGCCUGGCCACCAAUGAAGCUGGGACCUUGGAACAAGACUUCAAUCUUCAUGUAAUGACGGCUCCCAAGCUGGUGGAUCUUGAGAAGCCAGUGGUGGAGAAGUCUGUGGUGGCCAACCAUAUGGUGACUGUCAGCUGCUAUGUGGUGGCUGAUCCUCCACCAGCAAUCAGAUGGCUCAAGGAUGGAAAGCCACUCCCUUCAACAUCCACUCUGGAUUUGAAAUUUGACAAUCAGGACCGCCACCUCACACUACUGAGGGCCACACCUGCAGACAGCGGCAACUACACGUGCCAAGCCACCAAUGCUGCUGGCACCACCACCCUCACCACUCUUCUCUCAGUUCACACUCCUCCAGCCUGGAGUCCAGAUAAUGACCUGGAAGAGGAGAUUACGGCUCUGGAAGGUGAAAAUCUGGAACUGUUUUGUGAUGUGGAGGCAAACCCACUCCCUUCCAUUUUGUGGCUUAAGAAUGGACAAGUGAUCAGCCCAGUAUUGAACAAAUCUAAUGACACAGAAGAUGGCAGGCUGUUGAGAGUUACAAAGCUUGAUGAUGGAGACAGUGGUCGGUAUGUGUGUGUGGCAAGCAAUGCUGCAGGCACAGGCAAAUUUGAGUUUGAGGUGACUGUGCUGGCCCACCCCUCCCUCACCUAUGAGCCUCCAACUGACCACACAGUGCUUCAGAACCAUCCAUUGUCUCUGGAAUGCCCAGUUGACGGGAAUCCCAAGCCCAGUGUCCAGUGGCUGAUUAAUGGUCUGCCAGUGUCCUCAUCAGACAAGUACAUUCAGCUCUCUGCCGCUCACACACAACUACAUAUACUCAGAGUGCUGAGUUCAAUGGAAGGGCAGAUCUCAUGUGUGGCCAGUAAUGGUGUGGGUGACUUGAUGACCAAUUAUACUCUUAAUGUCCUGACACCACCAACCAUCACCCCAACACCAACCUCAAGGCUGGCCAAGGUGUAUGAGGGAGGCUUACUCACACUCUCUUGCCACUCCAGUGGAAACCCAAGACCACAGGUGGCAUGGCUGGUGGGAGAUGGCAGGAUGUUGACUGAAUCAGAACUACAUGACUCUGGUUUGGAGUUACAUGAAGUCAAUCAGUCACUCAUUAUCCUGGAUGCUAAUAAGAGCCAUCAGGGUCAUUACACAUGUGUGGUCUCCAACCCUGCAGGAUCAGCAGAAGAGACCUUUUUCGUAGAAGUUCUUGUGCCUCCAGUGAUCCAGGAGCCAGAAGGAGGCACCAGUUUGGAGGUGGUACAAAGCUCAACAGUAACGCUCCUUUGUGUGGUGGAUGCCCGACCCAGAGCUACAAUCACCUGGUUCAAGGAUGGGAGGGAAAUAGAUGGAGGACAGGACCCAUUUCUUCAUGUGACGGGAAAUGGAGAACAACUUAGAUUUCUGAGAACUCUCCCUUCUCACACUGCCAACUACACCUGCAAAGCUGCUAAUGAAGCUGGAGAAGACCAUCUUGGUUUUAAAGUGCAGGUUAUGGUGCCACCGAUGAUAAUAGAGGAUUUGGUGGAGAAUGCCAUUGGAGGAGGCAUUGGAGGAAAAACAGUGGGAGUGGUUGGGCGCACCAUGGACCUUGAAUGUUAUACCAUUGGAACUCCCACACCCACUGUCACCUGGACCAGAGACAAUCAGGAGUUAGCAGUUAAUGAUCAUCUGGAGCUGCUAGAAGGAGGACAAGUACUGAGGCUGCAUCAUGCCCAGACCAAUGAUUCUGGUCACUACACCUGCACUGCCAACUCAUCCUCAGGCACUGCAGCCCGAGACUUCCUGGUUGUCAUUCACAGGCGACCUUUUAUUACGCCUCCACUAGAGAAGAACCUGGAGGUAGUUUUGAAUGAUCCAUUGACAUUGACUUGUGAAGUAGACAGUUCCCUAACACCUGCUGUGUCAUGGAUCAGACAUGGACAACCUAUCACUCCCUUCCUCAAUCCAAACUUUCAGGUACGGUCUGAGGGCCGAGAACUACAUCUUCGAAGGGUGAGGAAGGGGGAUGGAGGAGCUUUCACCUGUGUGGCAGUUAAUGCUGCUGGACAGGACACCCUCACCUACAGUAUUGCUGUGCAAGUACCAGCUGUGAUUGAAAGAGCCAAUGCUCAGUCAAGAAUUAUUGGGGUUGCUGGCCAGAGUGUGGAGUUUGUGUGUGAAGCUUCUGGCAGUCCCAGACCCAGCUUGUCUUGGGUGCAUGAUGACACAUUUGUCACCCCUGACCACCCACAUUAUCAGAUUCUUGACAAGGGCAAACGACUGCAAUUGAAGGAAGUAUUGCUGGAAGAUGAAGGAACAAUCAGCUGUACAGCCUCCAAUACAGCUGGCCAAGACACCCUCAAUUUUACUCUGGAAGUCAUGGUGCCCCCUUACUUACCUGAUGAAGCAGUGACAGAUAUAACAGUGAAGGAGGGAGACAGCAUCAUCUUAGAAUGUCCUGUGGAAGCUACACCUUCCCCAACAGUAACAUGGGAAAGAGAUGGCUCACCAAUUGACAUAAAUGGCAAGGGAAACAUUAACACAGAAAGGAAUGGACAGUGGCUGCGAGUGGUGCGAGCUGGUAGCCACAACACUGGUGUGUAUACGUGUACCAGCACUAACCUGGUGGGUCUGCUGGAUGUGGACCUUGUUUUGAAUGUCCUUGUACUGCCGGAGAUUGUUGAAGGGAGACUUAGUGUGGUGAAGCACAACACCAUGGAAGGCCUCAGAGAAAUGGAGGUGGUGACAGUGACAGAGGGUGGCCACGCCGUGCUUGAGUGCUACCUACGGAAAGGCUCUCCUGCACCAAACAGGACAUGGACUCUCUACCCUAACACUUCUCUACCCCUCCAUUUUAAGGUAAUGGGUGGUGGGGAAAGAGUAGUGGUGAGCCAGGCAUCAGUAGAGGAUGCUGGAAUCUAUCGCUGCCUGGCCCACAAUCAAGCCGGUCAGGACAGCAAGUUGAUAAAGCUGGAAGUCUAUUCUCCUCCACGUAUCAAUAUGUCAGCCCUUCCUAGCAAUUUUGUGGUUCUUCAUAAAGGUAAUGUGGAGGCUGCACUACCCACCAAAGGCCAGCCCCAGAACUCCACUCACUCAGCUGUUGUCACCACCACUCAUGGCCAGACCAUCAUACUUCCCUGUCCAGUCACAGGGUAUCCUUUGCCUCGCCGUUUGUGGUACCAAGGUUCCCAGGCACUGGUGUCGUCAUCAAAGCGUGUGGUUGGUACUGGUGGCCGAGACUUGACUCUUGUGGGUGUUGGGCCGAGAGAUGCUGGGAUGUACGUGUGUGUGGCAGUGAAUCCAGCUGGAGAAGCACAGCUCACCACUUCUCUUCAUGUUAUUUCUGUACCUGAGCUGGAAGGACAAACUAAUGAAGAGUUGAUGUUGGUGGAGGGAGAAAACAUUAUUCUUGAGUGCAGAGUGAAACCUCAAUCUGCAGGACAGCUGGGGCUAGGCACUCUGUUCCAUUACAAUAUCACCUGGACAAAGUCUGGCCAGCAACUAGAAAGGGACACACUGCAGAGUGAGAAAACUGAGCUGGUGAUUGACAGUCCAACCAACCUGGAUCAGUAUUAUGACUAUGACAAUGUUACAUCUCUCAGCCCAGUGAUUGACAGUCCAACCAUCCUGGAUCAGUACUAUGACUAUGACAAUGCUACGUCUCUCAACCCAGAAAUGUAUGAAGAUUUCAGCUCACCAUCAGUCUGGCAUUCAACAACAUAUCCUGAAGAGGACAGCAACAAGCAGCUUGACGGAGCACAGUACACCAUCUCCACUGAUGGGUCACGUCUUUUCCUGCCACUAGUCACAAAGCAAGAGGAAGGCAUGUACUCCUGCCAGGUGGCCAAUGAAGCAGGAACUACACACAAGAUAUUCAGAUUGGAUGUCUUGGUUCCCCCAGGCAUACAAACUCAGGAGCGGCCAUUCCGGCACUACAACGUGACAGUGGGGAAGCCAGUGGUGCUGGAGUGUGAUGCCCAGGGUGAUCCACCGCCCGAGGUCAUAUGGUCUCACCAAGGCACCCAACUUGAACCAUCUUCUAGACUGCAGAUGCUUGAAGAAGGCCACAUUCUCUUCUUCACUAGUGUUGAGGAAGACGAUGAUGGAGACUACACCUGUCAAGCAGUUAAUGUAGUUGGUGUGACAGAUGAAACCUUCCACCUCAAUGUUUUUGCUCCCCCAAAAGUGUCAGGACCCCCAGAGGCUGUGGUGUCAAUACUGAGGGGCCAGCCAGUAGAAAUUGAAUGUGAUUUAGAAGGACGUCCAAACCCAGACUACAUGUGGACUUAUAACGGAGAUGAAGUCACCUCUGAUGACGUUAUUGUAGUGGAGAAUCUCCUCACAAUUGAAAGCACUACUUUGGACCAUGCUGGUGACUACCAGUGUGAGGCCAUCAACUCAGUUGGACAUGCUGUAAAGACAUUCAAGCUGCAAGUAAAAGAGACACCUGUCAUAGUUGGAGGAACAAAGGAGGAAGUUGUGAAUGUGCUACAGGGAGAGACUGCAUCUCUUCACUGUCAUGCCUCAGGAAGUCCUGAACCCAUCAUCUCCUGGUCAAAGGAAGAGGAAGAAGCAGGUGUAUGGCCACGUGACCAGUUGGAAAUGUAUCAUGAAGGAAACAACUUGCAAAUCCAACAUGUGGAAAGGGAAGAUGCUGGUUAUUACACUUGUUUGGCAUCAAAUGUGGCUGGCAGUGACACUAAACAGUAUCUCCUUCAGGUUUUAAUGAAGCCAGAACUGUUAGCAGCUGAGGAUGAGGUGAGGGUGGUGUCAGGGGAGGAGACAUUACUUUCUUGCUUAUUUGCUGGUUUCCCUUUGCCUCAGCUAACUUGGUUCUUCAAAGGGGAGCCAAGGGAACAUGGAGCAAUUAUAAAGAUUUCUCCAGCACAGCCUAGUGACAUGGGUAACUACAGCUGUGUGGCUGAGAAUGAGGCUGGCCAAGCAAGUCACACCACUCAGCUCAUAGUACACACAUACCCAUCAGUGGAAGCUGAGAGAAAGCAUGUGGUUGCCAUCAGUGGAACAGAAGUGACUUUGCGAUGUCGAAUUGAGGGCCAGCCUGCCCCAACCACGAGGUGGUUCAAGGCUCACCAAAUGAUCAGUUCAGGUCCAGAAUUCGAGGUGAAAGAUGAUGGGUCUCUACAUCUGCCUCUUGUCUUGCCUUCCCUUGCUGACACCUACGUCUGCACCGGCCAGAACCGUGUCGGCUCAGCUUCAGACCACAUGCAGCUUGUGGUGCAAGAGCCUCCAUUAACAAUGCAUGAUGAACAGAAGGAAGUGACAGCCACUGAAGGUCAAGAGGCUGUCCUUACCUGUGAUGUUACUGGUUCUCCCACUCCUACAAUUACCUGGGCAAGACCAAAUAUGGGUCAUACACCUGUCACUCCAGAGAACCCACGCAUUAAGGUAUCUGGAAAGGAACUUAUUAUCUCAUCAGUAGUGCCAGAAGAUGCAGGUGAUUAUGAGUGUACUGCUCAAAACCCUGCUGGCCACACCAAUGCUCAGCUCCUUCUUACUGUUCAUUCCCCACCUUCAGUUAAGGAGGCAAGGAAUGAGUCUGUGUCACUGAAGCGUGGGGAGGAACUAAGGCUGAGUUGCACGGUGUCUGGCCAUCCACAGCCUCGCACAUCGUGGCUGAAGGACGGACGAAUCCUCUCCAACACUGCCAAAGUACUCUUACAACCAAAUGGAGAUCUUGUAGUGUCUCGAAUACAGGCAUUAGACUCUGGGGUUUACACCUGCCUGGCAACAAACUUGGUGGGGCGUUUGUACCGUGAUGUGGAAGUAGAUGUCCUGGUGCCCCCAACCUUUGUGGCUCUGCCACGGAGCAGUGAAGUCACUCAAGGCCAGCGGUUUGAGUUGGAGUGUGAGGCUGUUGGAAACCCUAUACCAUCAAUACAGUGGUUACUUAAUGGAGUGCAGGUAGAUGGAGUGACCUCCUCGCUGGGUGGAUGGUCUCGUCUGAUGGUGGAACAUGCCUCCAAGACUGAUGAAGGCACUUAUACUUGCCUGGCUGAGAAUGAGGCUGGGCACAAAAAAGCCAUUGCAGCGGUCCAAGUAAAAGUUCCCCCAGUUAUCAUGUAUGGACCAGAAGAAACCACUGUGUUGGAGCUGAGUGCCGUGACCUUGGUGUGUGUUGCUGAGGGUGAUCCAGUUCCAUCCACAACCUGGAUCAAGGAGGGACACUCACUACAGACAUCUGACAGAGUCACACUAACCCCAAAUGGAUCCUUAGUCAUCAAUGCAUCCCAAGCCUCUGAUGCUGGAGAGUACAAGUGUGUGGUGAGCAAUGGAGCAGGAGCAGCUGAGGCCACAGCCCAUCUGGUUGUCCACACAGCUCCCAUCAUCACCACUCCACCUGUAGCUCAAGUUGUGGAGGUUGGUGGCAUGGUGGUGUUUGACUGUGUGGCAGAAGGCUCUCCAGCACCUGACAUACAGUGGAAUAUUUCUCCUGGUGACCUUCAUUCACGGUUCCAGAAGCUGACAAAUGGUUCUCUUCAGUUAAUUGCAGCCCAAAUGGAGGAUGAAGGCCAAGUUAUCUGUCAAGCUUAUAAUGAUUUGGGUGAGGACUUGGCUAAAGCUAGUUUGUAUAUCAAAGUUCCAGGAUUCUGGGGGUCAUGGGGACCUUGGUCACCCUGCAGUGUGUCUUGUGGUCCUGGCCAACAGGUUCGAAGGAGAGAAUGUGACUCCCCAGCACCUCGACAUGGGGGCGCUCCGUGCCAGGGCGCUGAAACCCAUGCACGUCCCUGUCGACCCCAACCUUGUCCUGUGGAUGGUAACUGGUCACCCUGGGAACCUUGGAGUGAGUGCAGUGCAACCUGUGGUGAAGGUGUACAGAUUCGAUCCAGGUACUGCACAGCCCCAGUGCCUCUGUAUGAUGGCAAGCCUUGCGAAGGAAGUGACAUGCAGGAGGAGCAGUGCCACCUGAGGGACUGUCCAGUGUCAGGACAAUGGGGCUCCUGGAGUUCCUGGUCAGAGUGUAGCACCACUUGUGGGCAAGGACUGAAGCAACGUUCCCGCCUCUGUGAUUCUCCACCUCCAUCAGGAGGAGGAGCUCAGUGUCAAGGAGACAGCUUGGAAGUGACCCCAUGCUCCAGUUCUCCUUGCCUGCUGGAUGGCAGCUGGGGAACAUGGGAGGCAUGGAGUGUGUGCAGUGUGUCGUGUGGAGGAGGAGUAAGACGGCGACUUAGAAACUGUCAUGAUCCAAUACCAAGCAAUGGGGGGCGCUACUGUCCAGGGUCUGACACUCAGGAGGAUUACUGUAACCUUGACUUGUGCCCAGUAAAUGGUGGGUGGUCCUCCUGGUCACCGUGGGGCACCUGCACUGCCACCUGUGGGGGAGGCCAGCGACGAAGGUUCCGUACAUGUGACAGUCCCUCUCCCUCCCAGGGGGGCCGUGCUUGCACUGGAUCAGAUGCUGACACUGAGGCCUGCAACACCCAGCAGUGUCCAGUGAAUGGUGAAUGGGGAUUGUGGGGUGAGUGGUCUAGCUGCAGUGAGUCAUGUGGGAUUGGCAUCAGGACAAGAAGACGGCUGUGUGAUGCCCCCUACCCCAGAAUGGGGGGAUCAUCAUGCUCAGGGGAAGAAACUGAGACUGGUGUGUGUGUGGGAUAUUUGUGCAAAAGGCUGCCAGAAGUAGCCCGUGGUACUCUCAUGGGGGAACUUAAUGGAGAGGACCUGGGUAUUGUCAAGCUCUUAGCCAAUGUCUCUACUUUAGGCAUGCAGAGGACAGUCACUGGCAAUGUCAGUCCAGUCAUACCAAAACAUGGUGCCUGGUUAACUCCAUUACUCUCUCUGCUCUCUCCGGUGUACUGGAUAGGAGCAUAUGAAAUUAAUGGAGCUGUCAAUGGCCAUACACUCACAGAAGGCUUCUUCCGCCAAGAGGCACAUGUGGCUUUUGCUACUGGAGAGAUAAUAGACAUGACACAUGUGGUGCGAGGUGUUGAUUCUGAUGGAACCUUGCUGGUGGAUGUUAUAGUCACAGGAAAUGUGCCUUACCUUCCUCCUGGCUCCCCCAUCAUCCUUCACCCAUAUACAGAAACUUACGUACAAACAGGCAGCGGCUCUCUCUUUGUUACAUCUACACGUGCAUUCUCUCUUGGACAUCACCAACUCCCAUAUGCAUGGAAUAAGACUAUAUCAUAUGAUGGUGAGCUAGGAAGCAUGCCCUUUCUGGUGGAGACACUGCACACAAAUGGGCUGGGCUCCUCAUACAGCAAUAUCAAGCAAGAGUUGACUAUGAUGGCAUCAGCUUCUAUCACACCUGGAACAACCAGCCAAAUGUGCCCUUCAGGCUUUACCCUGGAUGAGACAGGGCCUUUCUGCCAGGACAACAAUGAGUGUGGGAGCUCCAGUAGUCGCUGUUCCCAUGGCUGUACCAAUACCAUUGGGAGCUAUGUGUGUACUUGUACCCCUGGGUACACCUUAGGCCCUGAUGGUUACACCUGUCAAGAUAUGGAUGAGUGUUCAAUGGCAGGAGUGUGUGGCCCUCAAGAACAGUGUGAAAAUACUCCAGGGUCUUAUGUUUGCACUUAUGCAUGUGGGCAUGGCCUUAGGAGAACCUCAUCUGGUUCCUCUUGUGAAGAUGUCAAUGAGUGUGAGGAGCAGCCAGGAGUGUGUGACCAGACUUGCCUCAACCUUAUUGGAGGCUAUAGGUGUGACUGUCGCCGAGGCUUCCGUCUCGUUGGUCAGAGUCACUGUGUAGACAUUGAUGAGUGUUCAACGUUCCGGUCUCCAUGCAGCCAUGGGUGUGAGAACACAGUGGGAUCCUUCAAAUGCACCUGUCCUGAGGGUUACUCCGUCCUGCGGAAUGGUCGUUGUAAAGACAUUGAUGAGUGUAAGACCCACCAACAUAAUUGUUUGGAGGAACAAGAGUGUGAGAAUAGAGAAGGUUCCUACACCUGCAUAACCAGUUGCCCUCCAGGCCUCAAGCAAGCCUCUAAUGUUACUUGCACUGAUAUUGAUGAGUGUAAAGAGAGACUGUCAGGCUGCCACUACACUCAGAUCUGCACCAACACCUGGGGUUCCUAUGUCUGUUCCUGUGCUCAAGGCUUUAGGUCUGCAGGUCCUGGUCAACCUUGCUUAGAUGUGAACGAGUGCUUGGCUUCCCCGUCCCCGUGUAGCUACCGCUGCCACAACCUGCGGGGAACAUAUGAGUGUGUGUGUGCCCCGGGACAACAAAGGCUUCCUGAUGGAAAAUCAUGCAUUGGGCUUCAGUAUGUAGAGGAUCCUCGCACUCGUCCACUCCUUCCCCCUCGCCGAACCAGACCUGCCUCACCUGGCUACCCAACCUCUGAGUUUCAAGAAAAACUGCUUCAAAAAUUCUACCUCCAGAAUAGCUGCCCUGCAGGCUUUGAGUAUUUUAAUGGAGAGUGCCAAGACAUUGAUGAAUGUAAGCUGCGUGACAGAUGCCAGCACCAGUGCCACAACACCUAUGGCAACUAUGUUUGUCUCUGCCCCCCCGGAUACCGCCUCAAUCGUAACCAGCGCACCUGUGAUGACAUUGAUGAGUGUGUGGAGCAGUCUGUGAAGUGUGGUGUGGAAGAAGUUUGCUUUAACCAGAGGGGCUCCUAUCGAUGUGUGGCCAUGCAUUGUCCCCCUGGUUAUCAGCGUGACCUGUCUACUGGCUCUUGCAUCCUGGAUUGCCGCCGUGGUGGGGCCAGCUGUCCGCCUGGUGUCAGUUAUGCCCAUAUUUUAGCCUUCAAGACAGCUUCCUUACCAGCUGGUAUUAAGGCUAACCAGGAUCUGGUGAGACUGAUGGCCUAUGAUCAGCUGGGCAAUUUGGUGCCACAAACUCUCUUCACCAUCAUUGAAAAUGAAACAGGGGUACGAUUCAGAAUUCGUGUCAAGAAUGGGAGAGGAAUCCUUCGCACUCUACAGCCCCUUGCAGCAGGACGGGAGUACCGGAUGAUUGUAGAGGCAGUAUCCUAUGAUGAAAGGGAACACUUCAUCAAGUACUCCACAAGGUUCAUCAUUUUCCUACACAUAUCAGAAUACCCAUACUAGACAAUGUGAGACUUCGUGUACCUUACCAGGGAAGCAUCUUGAGUGCAAUGUGUAUUUAUUUUAGUAGUAUAUUUUGAAAUAUACCUGAGCCUUUCAAGUGGAUUAGGUGUGGAGGAGCAAAUGAGGAAAAAACUUAGUAAUUUGUAGAGUAGUUUGAGAAAUUUUUCCACCUUCCCUAUUUAUUUGUUUCCAGUUGUUAGUUUUUACUCAUCACCUGAGAGGAGACUAAGAUGCUGAACUUAGUUUCAAGCUUUAAAGAUAAACUAUUAAUAUUAUUCUUAAGUAGUUUAUAAUUUAGUGUAAGUUAGGAAUAAUUAGUAUAGUUGUAUUGAAAGUAAGUAUUUUUGUUCUUAGAAGCUGUAUACACUUGAUUUUUUUUUUUUUUUUUUAUUCAACAUGUAAAUGUGUCUGCAAUGUGAAUCUCUUUGUUUUAGUUACACGUAUGUAUUUCAGUUCCAUCAUACUCAAUACAUCCAUUUUCCAUACUAAAAUUCAAUGUAUGUAGUUUUUAAGACACAAGUUGAUCAAAGGUAAUACCACACUGUAAAACACAAUAAAAUUAUGAUAAUAACAAAAA